AUGGGCCAGUCGCAGUCCUCGGAGCCUCCGAGGCAGGUCCCUAUUGAGCAGUUGAGCCACGAGCUCGCUCUGCGCUUCGCGUCCAAAUGCUACAGCCAUCUUGAGAUCACUCAUUACAAAGACAACUUCAAGUCGCUCGCCGAUCACCAGGAUGCGCUCGAGUACUGGAAGGAAGACACCAUCAAUCGCUUUUUAUGCCUCCCGGAAGCCUUACGUGCUGGGCCUGUUAUUCAUCAAAUGUGUACAUAUUUGGGCGCCUUCCCUUUCCCAACUCUCGCGCCGUGUAUCCUCACUCGAGAGGCAAUGAUCAAAGUCAUCACGAUCAUGACUGGGCGAUACAAGAAGGUCCUGAAGCGCGGCAAUCGUGACAAAGCCAAGCUUCUCUUCCGAAGUCUGGCUGUCUUCGACAGAAGGGCGAGUAUCGCGUCACUCUCCGAGAAACCGAGCAUGAAAGACAUAAUUGACGAACAGAAGCCGGAUCAGAUGCUUGAGGAAGAAGCCGCUGCCAAGGAUAGUCAACCUCGAGUGGGCGGAUUCGCGAUUGACCAGCCAGCAAACGAUGAUGAGGACGAAGACGACGAUGACCUCGCGCUGGCCGCUCUCGAUUCUCUAGAUGCGAUCGAGGUGUUCAAGCAAGAUCAGGUUCAGAAGAUAGACAAGAAGAUGAUCCAUGCGAUGAUACCGACAGACAACUUCAGGCGGCUAAUCAUGCUUCUCCUGCUGUAUGGCGGCUUGAAACCACAAAGCAAUCUAUCCGAAUACGGCGAUUCCUUGGACGAUAGCAAAUUGAAACAACUUGAAGAUGCUGCUUCAUCUAUCGUUGAGGCAUUUGAACCAGACACAGCUCAUAACGGUAUCCGCUACUCAAAUUUCGUCAAAGUCCUGUCCACGACUAUGCCGGACACGUUCGAGCCUCUGAAUGCUCUGUUUGAGCAUUUCAUGUUCAGCAAGAACAUCAACCUCUCAGCACACAAGGGCGAAGUGACAGCCGCCGCAACAUCAGUCAUUCCCAAGACAUCACUAAUCUACCCACCGUCAGACUCCACCACAUCGCUACUGACAGAGACUCUCCUGUCUCAACUCUCCAUGUCCAUACACCUUGGCCCCGCUGGCUCCUCACCCACCAACAUCUACAGCUCCGACGUCCGAUUCAACCAACUCUUCUCGACCUCAAGCAACGGCACAUCCCUCUCAUCCUUCUCCCGCCAAGUCACUUCUUGGGAGACUUCAACUCUUCUAGUAAUAUCAGGCACCAACGCCACUUCCGAGCCCAUCAUCCUCGGUGCCUACCUGCCCGACCGCUGGCGCGACUCCUCGACAUCUCACAAAGAGCCCUCCGGUCCUGACGCCUCCGCCGCCUCCAGAGCCUGCUUCUUCCAGCUCGCCCCCAGACACGCCAUCUUCCCGGCCAACCCAGCCAAUCGCCACAUCCCCAUCAGCUACUUUAGCAACAAAACCGGCAUCGCCAUCGGCUGCGUCGUCCCUCCCCAACCGCGCUCCUCCGCCCCGCCCGCCCCGCCCGUCCCCGGCCCCGCCUCGCUGACGAUCGACACCGACAUCGCAACUGCAACCUUCCAGCACGACCUCGAUGCCGGGCAGGGCGCCUUCGUGCCUGACCCAGGUCUUUGCGAGGCCCAGGCGCGCGAGCCGGCCAAGUACCCUGCCAAGCAGACGUUCGAGAUCGACACCUUGGAAAUUUGGGGCGUGAGCUUUCCCGGAGGUGGCGGCGGCGACGAGCUGGAGAGACACCGGAAGAAGCUGGAGUGGGAGGAGGCGGAGGCGGCGCGGAGACGAGGCGUCAAUUUUGGAGGCGACAAGGAUGGCGCGCGGCACCUGCUGGAGAUGGCGGGGAUUGUGGACCAGAAUCGUAGCGGAGGGAGUAUGGGUUAA